AUGCAAUCACGUAAAUGGUAUCCUACACUGAAAAAGGCUCCUGUCUUAGCGAAUGGUGCAAGAAUCCACAAACAUGCGGACAAAGUUCCUCAUCCGGAAGACAUUAUUCAUCCAUUUUAUCAACCCACUCCAGUGGAGCAAUUCAUCACAUGUGCUACGGAAUGUGAUCCUGCUCUUCUUGAUGGGGAAAAGAUUGUUCCAUCACUGAUAAAACAUCCAGUGAGUCUAAACACCAUAUUAGUGAAUAGCAAAUUGAAAUUUGAUGAUAUUAGGGGAGUAAAUAAAUGGCUUAUGAAGUUCAUUGCGAAACGAAAAAUCCAAAGGAGCAUGAUACUCAGACCCACAAACAAAGACGUGAAUUUUUUUCAAAUUCCCCAGUUGUCCUCUGCUGAUAUGACCAAAAUAGCGGGUCUUGAGAAUACGCUAUCAAGUGUUGAAGAUGCAAAUGACCUAGAAUCCACGGUGGAGUUCCUAAAUAAUGAACUACAGAGUAUGUUUGACCGCAACGAUAGGCAGACUAAAUUUUUCUGUGAAGACAUAUUGGCCUACCUUAUAAAAUACCAUGGAAACUCGGUCGAAAAGCUCAUAUUAUUGAUAAAUCUGACUCAGAUACAGCUAUGCUCAAGUUUAGAUCAAGUCAAAGCAGUGGACAUUAUUUUACAUCACAUACUUCACAAAAUGGAAACGAACAGUGGUGGUCUCCCGUAUAGCGCCGAUUUGGUCACCGCACUAAGAGAUUUAUUGGCGGCAAUAAAUAAUAGGUUUUUUCCCAAGCGUUGUGAAGAUUCAUUACACCCAAUAAUUAUCGAACAACUGUUAUCAUUUUAUAUUGAAAUUGGUAAUUUGAACGAAAGUAAAAAAUUCUUGGGUCAUUUGAUAAAUAAAGGUGUUUUACCUGACCCCAGCAUCAUUAACAGAUACUUGAAGGGCGUUGACGUUCAUUUCGAUGAAAACAUCAAGAAUUUUGAUUUGAAAUCCAAGUUCGCAUUUAUAGCAGAUCUUGCGCCCAUAAUACAAAACUAUGGGGAAGUGACGCUGUUCAAAUUUCUGAUACCUAUGUGCAGGCAUUUUGACGAACUAUGCUCAUUGUUGGAUAUUCUUCGAAGGUCAGAUCACUCAAAGCAAAUUAUGCAUAAUACACUGCCCAUCCUUAUCAAAAAGGUGCUUACAUUUACCAAAGAUCCGAUGGCCAACUCAGCAAAUUUGUCCAAAAUUUUGAAUUUGGUGACAUCAAUAUGUGAACAAAACAUACCCAGUAAAUUUGUAGAGAGAUUCAUACUAGCUUUUGCUCUUCAAGGAAACUAUACUAUGAUGGCCAAUAUGAUAGAUACCUAUAAGACUGAAUUGAGUCAUAAAUAUCAAAUGCAAAUAGUUAGCGCUCUAAACAAGAGUGAAAAAAAUCAUAUAUCCAGAAAUACGGCUGCUAUAGGCUAUAACAAAGAAUUCAAAAAGUAUUUCUUCGAAAAUUAUUUAUCUUCAGCAAAAUUGAAAACUACACACCCUUAG